GCCAGGUGCGGCCCGCGGAGGACGCGGCGGCCGGCCUGGCGGCAGGGCUGCUCAUGUUCCGGCUGGCGCGCUGCGGAGCCUUGGAGCGACUGAAGCAGCAGCAAGCCACGCCUCCGAAGCAGCUGCGUCCCGCCGCCCCUCAGUGGACUGAACGCUCCAACGAGGGACAGUGGGAAAUGACAGUGGAGGAGAUGGCGUCCGGCAUGGAGGCGGGCGCCAAGGUGGCGCGAGGAAGAGACUGGCUGACCUACAAAGAGGUGGGCGAGCCGCCGGGGCGAGCCACUGUCGUCUCCAAGACCGAGGACGGCAUGGUGUCUGUGGUGUGGGACCAGAACAAAGUGGCUGGCCGGUACCGCAUGGGUUUCGACGGCAGAUACGACUUACGCCUGCUACCCAGUCCGUUGAUGGCUCACAUAGGAGCGAAGGUAGGGGAUGUUUUCAUCGAUGCGAAAACUACGAGCUCGACGUUGGGCCCCAAGAACAUGUCUCUGGUGUUAACUAGUGGCGCUCUUGAUAAGGCGCGAUUCAUCUUCGCGCUGCCUUGCAGCGUCAUUCCGUUCUGGAGCCAGAAGGUGCUGGAGCUGCUGGCGCCCCGCCUGGAGGGCCUGCACAUGUUGGACCCGCUGCAGCGCCACCUCGACGUGGCCCUGGGGAUGCCGCACCUGCAGGCGCUCAGCAUCACCGGCGUGACUGGGGAGCAGCUGAAGCAGGUGAGCCAGAUGGCGUCGCUGCGCCGCCUGGAGCUGCACUGCACGCUGGCCGCCCCGCUCCCGAGUGUUGUUCUUCGAGCUUUUCUUCCCCAGCCCGUGCGUUCCCUGACAGUGGGUUUCCUGACAGUGGCUUUGUGCUGUGUCAUGUUAAAAGCUGAAUCUUCACAUUUUGUACGUGACUAUUUGUUAUGUAUCGAGCAUGCAAUUUAUAAAUGA